AUGGAUCUGUUCGCUUCGCCGCCGUCGCCGUCCGACUACGUGUCGAUUCGCGGGAUGCGAAUCGUCAAGCCGUACGCGUUCGACUUCGUGUGCCACGUGAAGAAGCGCAUGGAGGGCGUCGACGUCGUCGAGCUCUUCGCGCGGGAGUUCCCGGCGCGGCCGCGGGAGUAUUACGAGAGAGCGCACGCGAGCGGGGCGUUACGCGUGGAGAACGUUCGCGCGAAGAGUAACGGCGGUAACGGUGGUAACGGUGGUAACGAUAACGCACGCACGAGUGACGUUAUCAGACCGCUGCGCCCCCUCAAGGCUGGCGAACGCGUGCGACACGCGUUGCACCGCCACGAACCCCCCACGCUGGACCGCCCGGUGGAGGUGAUCGCCGUCGCGGACGACCUCGUCGCGAUACACAAGCCCGCGACGAUGCCCGUGCACCCGACGGGGCAGUACAGGAAGAACACGGUGCUCGGAUACCUCGCCGCGCAUCGACGCGACCUCGGGAAGCUUUUCCCGGUGCAUCGAUUGGACAAAAACGUCAGCGGGUUGCUCGUGAUGGCGAGGACCCCGACGACCGCGAACGCGAUGCGGACGCAGGUGGAGGGGCGGGAGGUGUCGAAGGAGUACCUCGCGUUGGUGACGAUGAAGAUCUUCAACGCGGGGGGGAACGCGGAAACGGUCGCGGCGGCGGCGUUAACCGCGUUCGCGCGCGAGGAAGGCACCGACGUCUUCGCGGCGCGGUGCGACGCCGCCGUCGCGUACGACGAACGCGCGCGCGUCGCGUCGUGCGACGUCUCCGUCGCGGACGGCGCGAAGGACGCGUCGACGGCGUUCGAGCUCGUCGCGCGCGGGGAGUGGGGCGUCGGCGGCGGCGACGGCGGCGGCGACGGCGGCAGCGCGUGCCCGUUCGAAGACGUCGUCGUCAGAGGCGGUCUUCCGAGGCGCGCGCUUCUCGUUCGAUGUCGCCCGACGACGGGCCGCACGCACCAGAUCCGCGCGCACCUCUCGCGUCUCGGGUGGCCCAUCGUGAACGACGUCAAGUACGGCGGCGCUCGCGCGGCGGACCUGGGCGGAGACGCGCUCGCGCUCGACGCGGGGGACGCGGACCGUCGCGACAACCGCGACGGUUCGCGUCCCGACGGUUACGGCGCGGCGUUGCGGCGGAUCGUGUCGGACGGAGACGGCGACGUCCGCGAGCUCGCCGACGGCGAGACGGUUCCCGCGCCGCCCGAGGGACCGACCGCGACGGCGACGGGGACACAGCUGGCGACUGGGUACUCCUCUUUCUCCUCCUCCUCCUUCCCGUCGUGCGCGCACUGCCCGUUCGUCGCGCACGGCGUGAGCGGACAGACGUCGGACGACUUCGCGGAGGGGGACUUGGAGCGACUCGCGCUGCACUGUUCGAGAUACAGCGGCGCGGGGUGGGCGUUUCGGUGCCCGGACCCGCCGUGGCUUCCGGCGAUCGAUCCAGCUGAUCGAUCGGGGGAUCGCGACGAAUAAAUCCGAUUAGCGACUUCACUACAGUACUAGCUAGCGAAACGUAUUCCAGCA